AGUUAAUUGUUGUCUUCAAAAUUAGAUCUUCCAUGGAUAGUCGAUAAACAGAAAUACAUGUCAAGAAUGUAAUGCUAAAACUGAGACUGCAGCAGGAUUCUGGAGCCUCCCUCUUCCUCUGGUGAAUGAUAACAAUGAAUAUAGUGUGGAAAAGGGCAUUGAGGACUUCUUCCAUCCUUCGGUGAUCACUGGAGAUGAUCAGAUGUACUGUGAGAACUGUGAUAAAAAAUGUGAUGCUGUUCUGGGUUGUGAGGUGAAAGAUCAUCCAGAGGUCUUGGUACUGUUGUUAAAGCGCUUUGAGUUUGACUACAGUUCCAUGGUCUAUGUCAAAAUCAACCAGCCUGUCAAUGUGCCCCAAACUCUGCAGAUGUCGGGGGCUCCACAUUCUGUUUCACCAACACUGGAAAGGUCCCGAAGAGCUUAUCUACUGUUUUACCAAAAACAAAAAGAAACUCUGCAAGACAAUAUCUCAGAUGGUAUCAACAAAACAACUGAGAAGGAGCAAGUUCCAGCUAAUGAACUGAAAAAUGAAGAAACAGCAGUCGGGGCUACAUCACUACACGAGUAACCCCGGAAAUCCAAUAGAAAGAAGGCAAGAUUUCACUGAGACAGAAACAGGCUUGAAAAUGAAAGUGACCAAAUUAGGAGGACCAAAUUAUUCAAAUAACAUUUAGGAAAAGAAAUACAGAGAAAUAUAAUAAGAAAUUAAAACUACAAAUAGUGAUAAAAGGCCCUUGCAACCUUUGCACCUGUGGAAGAGCAAUGACAAACUAAUUUUUUUCUGUCUCAUUAUGACUUUAUUUGUGUGAAUCUAACAAUAUUUUCAGAAGUUAAGUUUUAUUCUUAGAAAAUGGCCACUUCAUUAAGAACUCGUUAUGACCACAUCUUGAGACUUCCCGUCAAUUCUUUUAAAAACUUUUGACCCCAGAUAUGGGGGAUAAAAAAACCCUAUAACAAUUUUGUUAAAGUACAAGGUCUAGAUUUUGGAUGACUCAAGUUUAAUAUAAUUUAUUUACCUUACCUUCAUCUUUCAGUAUUUUUUCUCUGGGUCUUCACUGAAAAUUAGAGCUCACUGAGUUCUACCUUUUGAUACUAAUCACAUGUAUACGAUAUUUGUUAUUGUUUACUACUUGACUUUUGUCAAGUUAUUUUCUUAUUUGCACAAUACUUACUGUGCAUAAAAAAGUGGUGUAUAUUGUGUUUGCACUUGAGGUUAAUUAAAUUUGCACUUCAUCACUUUCAUCAUUUGUUGAAUGAAUAUCAUCUAGAGUCUAGACUGUAAUUACACUAUAGACCCAACGUUCCAGUAAAACAAAUGAUCUACUGUUGUAUGUUUUAUAAAAAUAAAUAAAUACAUAAAACGUGUAUCCU